GCGAGAUUAGAGACGGAAGAUGGCAGUUCUGUCUUUCCUAGAGUUGUAGGAUAUAGCAACACACUAGUGUCGCUUCCAACAGAGUGACUGUGUAUUAUGUGACGGAUGGGGAGGCAGAUUUGUAGAUAACUGAAAUAUCACGCUUUUUAAAUGCAUAUGCCGUAUGUUUCAUUUGAAGAUUUUCGUGUUUUCUUGUUGUAUGGGCUGCUGUUAUUGUCUCAGCAUUCCCAAGGCGCUCAACUACUUGACUCUAGCAACAUCUCUGCCAGCGACAGUUAGCAUUUUACAUUUUCCUGUGUCGUUAUCGUUGGCAGCUGUAAGUCGUAUGUUUUAAAGGUUCGUGUAUUUAAAAAUGACUGGAGAAAAGAUCCGCUCGCUGCGUAAGGAUCACAAGCCCAGCAAGGAUGAGGAUUUGCUGGAACCGGACGAGGAAGCUGCUGCUGGGACGUUCACUUCGUCGACAAGGACUAGAGUCAAAGGAAAUAAAAUCUUUAGCAAUCACAAGAUAAUCAAACCACCAGCGACACAACAGCAACAGAAUCAGCAGUCGCAGAUUAAUGAUAACACUAACACAAACACAGCAGCUGGUACUAUCGAUGAUAACAACAAGAACCCCAUCAUCCGUAACACGGAAGAUUUCCCGGUCCACGAAUGUGUCUUUAAAGGAGACGUGCGCCGAUUGUCAUCCCUGAUUCGGACCCAAAACAUCUCUCAGAAAGAUGUACACGGAAACACACCUCUCCACCUUGCAGUGAUGAUGGGCCAUAAAGAGUGUGCCCAUUUACUCCUGGCCCACAAUGCCCCAGUCAAGGUGAAAAACGCUCAGGGAUGGAGUCCUCUCGCAGAAGCCAUCAGCUACGGAGAUCGACAAAUGAUCACGGCGCUGUUGAGGAAGCUGAAGCAGCAGUCCAGGGAGAGCGUGGAGGACAAGCGGCCGAGGCUGCUGAAAGCCCUGAAAGAGCUUGGGGACUUUUAUUUGGAGCUGCACUGGGAUUUUCAAAGCUGGGUGCCUUUGCUGUCCCGAAUGCUGCCUUCUGACGCUUGCAAGAUCUACAAACAGGGCAUCAACAUCAGGCUGGACACCACUCUCAUAGACUUCACCGACAUGAAGUGCCAGCGUGGGGACCUCAGCUUCAUCUUCAACGGGGAUGCCACGCCUUCCGAAUCCUUCGUGGUGCUGGACAACGAGCAGAAGGUGUACCAGAGGAUACACCAUGAGGAAUCUGAGAUGGAGACCGAGGAAGAGGUGGACAUUUUAAUGAGCAGUGAUAUUUAUUCAGCCACGCUCUCCACCAAAUCCAUAACCUUCUCCAGAGCCCAGACCGGUUGGCUGUUCAGGGAGGACAAGACGGAGAGAGUUGGGAAUUUCCUGGCGGAUUUCUACUCGGUGAACGGCCUGGUGCUGGAGUCCAGGAAGCGGCGAGAGCACUUGAGCGAGGAGGACAUCUUGAGGAACAAGGCCAUCAUGGAGAGCCUGAGCAAAGGCGGGAACAUCAUCGAGCAGACCUUCGAGCCGGUGAGGCGCCAGUCCCUCACCGCCCCCUCUCCCAGCACCAUCACCUGGGAGGAGUACAUCUCGGCCGAGAACGGCAAGGCACCACACCUUGGCAGAGAACUGGUAUGUAAAGAGAGCAAAAAGAACUUCAAAGCGACUGUAGCCAUGAGCCAGGACUUCCCCCUGGGCAUUGAGUCGUUAUUAAAUGUAUUAGAAGUGAUUGCACCCUUCAAGCACUUUAACAAACUCAGAGAAUUUGUUCAAAUGAAACUCCCACCAGGAUUCCCAGUCAAACUUGACAUCCCGGUGUUCCCAACCAUCACAGCGACCGUGACGUUUCAGGAGUUUCGCUAUGACGAGUUUGAGGAAUCCAUCUUCACCAUCCCUAAUGAUUACAAAGAAGACCCAAGCCGUUUCCCUGACCUUUAACCUCUCGUGCAACCUGGAGCAACUUCUUCCUCAGAAUUGAACUGACCAAUAUACUCAACCCAUAGAUGGGCAUUUAAACAAUUUUGAAGGUGUCUUGGCGUAAAAAGAAAGCUUGUCAAAUUUAAAAAAUGCUGUAUGUUAUACUGAUAAAGGGAUUAUGUGGAAUCAAUCUAUACUGAGGCACUGAAUUAAUUGUAGGACUAUUUGUGUGGAUAAGAAUAAUGACAGUCCUACUCUCUGGCUUUUAAAAUAGUGUACUAUUUGGAGUGUCUGAAGGGUUCAUUAACCUGGGCAACAUCCACAUGCACUACUUCAAGGAAGCACUGUGCUGAGUUCUGCUCGGCAGACAGGGGGCGCUCUGCUGUCCCAGUUUUUAUUCGUCCCUUUGAUACUGAAUUUGAAAUGCAUCAUACUAGAGGUAAUGCAAUAUUAUUAAUAUUAGAAUUUGGAAUGUGUUGACAGUUACCCCACGGCAAAGUCAUCCGGAGUUCUCUGACUGUCGUCUCUGACAGGCAGUAUUAGAUGUUGGUCUUGUUUUAUAUUCUUUUUAAACUUUGUAACAAAUUGUACAAGUCAGUGAAAGGAAAGAAACCAGACCAGAGUGUAAGUUACAGAGACUUAGAUGUGAGAAUUGAACAGUGAGAAUGAUCAGAAGUGAACCCAUGAUGAAACACAGUGUAAAUAUAAUUUUUACAGAUGACUAAAUCAAGCCUUUCUCCUGUGCAGGGUGUAAAUACCUCUAUUUUCGGGGGCUGGUUUACUUUGUCGCUGUUUUCUUGAACCCUUUUUUUACCCUGUGUGUGAGCAAAGGGUGGGGAUGAUGACAUUUUUGAGAGGGUUGGGUGCAGGAUUUUAUGCUAGGAAAUGAUGCGAGUGGAUUCAAAGGGGUUAUUGAAAGGUCUUUUAAUUUUUAUAGUUGUGGAAUUUAAUAUUUUUGUUGUACAGACACUUCUGAUUCAUCUGGUUGAGGUUUUUUUUUAUAUCAACAAUUUCUACACACCCCAUGAACAUGCUGUCGGAUCCCUCUGUUCUUGUACUUACUGCAGACCACUGUUGCUUGGUAACCAUUGAAAACCCUAUUUUGGAAGCCACCCCCAGCCAAUAGAGGAAAAGCACUGUACUGUCCUAUAUCAAUAAUAUCACCAGUAUUGGGCUGUUCUUUGGUAGCGCAGGCACUCUAGAAUGUACAGCAUGCACAAAGGGGUAUCUAGUGGUCUUUCCUAUAAUUAUGAGUUGUAUGGGUCUGGAUCUAUGCAGCCACAGUGGAAACUGCGGUCAGUCCUGAUGUGUAGGUCUGCUAGUUUCCAACUCCAGGACUCAUAGCCUUCUAGGUCCUCUGUACCUCGACUGGAGAUUGAAUUGUGUUCUCUUUAAAGGAGGGAGCCUUUAACAUGUGUAUGUACCUGUUAAAUUAAGCCACAGCACUGUUUUCAGUUUAGUAGAACUAGGUUUUGUCAGAGAACCCUAAGAUGACCCUGUAGCCUUAGGCUUCCUUUCCUAAAUAUUUUGCCGGGUGCUUCUGGAACUUGAUCUUUGAACAGAAACUCAUCCUAAGCACCAGCAGUGUUCAUUUGAGAAUGAUAGGAUUUUUAUGUUGUUACAUUUUUGCUUAUGUUCAACUUACGUUGUAGUCUUUUAUCUCCAGUGGUCUGUGGCGUAUCAAAAUGACCAUAGAUAUCUUAAAUGGUACCAUUUAAUGCUUCCAUGCCUCACUACUGGAUAGUGUGGCACAUUUCCUAAGUUUUACAUUUAGCAGUUUUUGUACUUCACCUCACCUUUUAUCUGUUGCAGUAUGUUGUGACUGGUGUUUGACUUUACUUCUUUUUUUUCCUGAAGUUCUUUACCAUGGCUUAAGCUUUCAGGACCUAAUAUAUACACUUUCAACUUGCAUCUACAUGCAGAUUGUACAGCAUUGUAUAAGCCUGCCACACUAUUUUCGUAUGAAAAUGUACUUAAAUAAAAUGUCCACAUAUCAA